AUGCCCAUUGCAGAGAAACCAAGCCUUGAUGGUGGGCAGAGUUUCAUCACAAAGGCUAGUCCGUGUAGGACGCGCCUUUGCACUUUUGGUGCCCCUCCAACUAUAAAAAUCCAGACAGUUGGUCACAAUGUCAAACCCCCACUCUCUCUUAUAGAUAAGACUCCCUCUAUAAAUAUCUCUCUCUGUCUCUGUGUUUGUAUGGCAGCCAAAUCCCCAGAAUCAAGCCUCAUGGUGAACCGUCAUAUCGAUCUGUGCUUUGAUCUCGACCUGGCUAUAACAGCAGUGGAUGAUACGAGUGAGAUCUCAAAAUCAACCUCCAUGGUAUCCACCAUGCCGACGGUUACUGCAGUGGACGCCUGCACGGUCUGCAGGGAAGGCUUUCAAUCAGGUGAGGGUGGUAAGCAACUUCCCUGUGGCCAUUUCUACCAUGCCGGUUGUAUAGCUUCAUGGCUCUCCCUCCGCAACUCCUGUCCGCUGUGCCGGUGCAGCGUCCCCGGCGAAGACUGA